AUGUAUGCAGACCUCUCGACCCGGAGCCUCUUCUCGUGCGGCCUUGAGGUGCUGCGCACGAGCUGCGCCGAGGCCAAGGCGGCCAAGACCCGGGCCUUUGCCGCUGCGUGGAAGGCGGGCACGAUCUCUGCCACGUCUCUCCCAGGCGACGACCUCGCUGGCGUGCCCGAGUCGCCGGCGCGCCCCGCCUACGUCAAGAUCGCAUCCAAGAACGACAAGAUGAAGCAAGGGAACCGCAAGGCCUUUGCCCACAGUGUGGCCCACGCCGAGAGCUACGCGAUCGACUUGAUGUGGGACAUGGUCUGUCGCUUCGGACCGUCCAACGACAUGCCCAAGGCGUUCUUUGACGACUUUGUGCGCAUCGCCGACGAAGAGGCACAGCACUACCGCAGCUGGGCCAGUCGUCUGAAAGACUUCGACUCGUUCUACGGCGACCUGCCCGGCCACGACGGGCUCUGGGACAGCGCCCGCGAGACAUCGUCCGACAUACUCUCUCGGCUUGCGCUCGUGCAUCUCGUGCACGAAGCCCGGGGCCUUGACACGUACCCCAUGGCGGUCGCGCGCUUCACCAAGAGCAACGACACGACGACCUUGACGUUUAUGGAAAAGAACCACAAGGAGGAAGUCACGCAUGUCGCGGCGGGGCUGCGCUGGUUCCAGUACCUCUGCGAGAAGCAAGGUGGGCUGGAUCCGAUUCCGACCUUCCACGACCUCGUUCGCGCCCACUAUGUCGGUGUCCUCAAGCCUCCGUUCAACACGGCGGCGCGCGACCGCGCGCUCAUGACCGAGGCGUGGUACAUGCCGCUGACCGAGCCGGCGUAACCAUUGGCCACCAAACACUGCCUUUCGAAACGAGAGCUACAGGUUAUUACAAUUUUCGAAGGGUCAAGCACGCCUGGGCUCGCUCAUCAAUAUCAUAGCUGAUUGUGAGGCGGGCGCGGGGUGGCAAGGCAAGGAACUCGCAGACUGAGACGCCU